AAGCCAUGAGUAAAAGCCAGCCGACUUGCCCCUCCAAUCUCUCUUUCUCUCUCUCUCUCUCCCCAAUUCACCAGCCAUUCGCAACCUGGUAGCAGCACCAAUAGUGCUGCUUAGUGGACCUACAAACAGCAAGAAAGGGUAUUGCUGAUCACCCCAGAGGUUCCUGGGUCAUCAUGUGUUAUCUCCCAUUUCCCAACAAAAGGAGAGGCAGCAACAUGUGUGGUUGGUGAAUUUGAUCACCAUCAUGGAAAACCAAGUGACUGAUUCUUCUGAAGAGCGAACAUUUCAGUAUCAGAACUCUCUUCCUUCAUUGCCAGUUCCUGCUCUUGAUGAAUCUUUAAAGAAGUACCUUGAUUCAGUGAGGCCUUUUCUAAAUCAAGAAGAAUAUCAAAGAACUCAUGACAUAGUAAAAAGAUUUGAAAAUGGGAUUGGGAAAGAGCUACAGCAAAAAUUACUCGAAAGGGCUAAAGUGAAGAGAAAUUGGCUGGAGGAAUGGUGGCUGAAUGUGGCCUAUCUUGAUGCCCGUUUACCAACACAAAUCUAUCAUAAUUUUGGAGGGUCAGGCCCUUACCUUGAACAUUACUGGCCACUCAAAGAAGGGACUCAAAUAGAAAGAGGAUGCGUGACUGUAUGGCAUACCUUGAAAUUCUGGGAACUAAUGAGAACAGAAAAGUUGCCUGUACACAGAUCUGGAAAUAUGCCUCUGGACAUGGAGCAGUUCCGAAUGCUGUUUAACACCUGCAAAAUACCAGGAAUUACACAAGAUUCCAUUGGCAAUUAUUUCAGGACAGAGAGUGAAGGUGAAUGCCCAUCUCAUUUGGUAGUGCUGUGUCGAGGUCGAGUUUUUGCAUUUGAUGCUGUACAUGAUGGUUAUAUAUUGAGCCCACCAGAGAUUUUUAGGCAACUUUCCUACAUCAAAAAGAGGUGCCACAAUGAACCUGAGGGACCAGGAUUGGCUGCCUUAACAUCUCAGGAAAGAACCUCAUGGGCAAAGACACGUGACUAUCUUAUCAACUUUGAUCCAAAGAACCUGUCCCUGUUGGAAAAAAUACAGAGUAGUUUAUUUGUAGUCUGCCUUGAUGAAGCAAGUCCUCAAGCUACACCUGAAGAUUAUUCAGAGAUCACUGCGUUGUCACUAUUGGGAGAUCCAGCGCUACGCUGGGGAGACAAAUCCUACAACUGCAUUAUAUUCUCAAAUGGAGUGUUGGGCUCAAACUGUGAUCAUUCUCCUUUUGAUGCAAUGGUUUUAGUAGUCCUCUGUUCUAAUAUUGAUGCCAAGGUCAUUGAAUCAGAGGGAAGAUGGAAGGGAUCAGAGAAAGUGCGGGACAUCCCUUGGCCAGAGGAACUUCUGUUCAGGUUGGAUCAGAAAGUGCUAAAUGACAUUGCUCAUGCUAAGGAACAGUAUAAGAAGCUGGCAUCUGACAUACAGGUGGUGAAUUAUGCUUUUACAUCCUUUGGCAAAGCACUGAUCAAGAAACAGCAGCUUCAUCCUGAUACAUUUGUUCAGCUUGCUCUCCAGCUGACCUAUUACAAACUUAACGGGCAUCCAGGUUGCUGCUAUGAAACCGCUACAACCAGACGUUUUUACCAUGGCCGGACAGAGACAAUGAGACCAUGCACCAUGGAAGCAGUCGAAUGGUGUAAAUCCAUGCUAGAUCCAGCCUUUGCUCCCAGGCAACGAAAGCAGCUUAUGCUGAAGGCAUUUGCAAAGCACAAUAAACUGAUGAAAGAGUGUCAGAAUGGAAAAGGGUUUGACCGUCAUCUUUUGGGCCUCCUGCUUCUGUCAAAAGAGCACAACCUUCCUAUGCCAGAACUCUUCUUAGAUCCUGCUUUCACUAGAAGUGGGGGAGGUGGAAACUUUGUGCUUUCAACCAGCCUCGUCGGCUACACAAGAGUGGGGGGAGCUGUGGUCCCAAUGGUGCAUCAUGGUUACGGCUUUUUCUACAGAAUUAGAGAUGACAGAAUUGUUGUGGCCUGUACCACCUGGAAGUCAUGCCCAGACACAGAUGCAGAAAAUCUGUGUCAGAAUCUGUUCCAGUCUUUUCAGGACAUGGUCAAGUUAAUGAUCACAGCCCAGCUAUAGAGAAAAUACUGACACUAUAGUGCCUUUAUUCCUUUGUGCAUUACUAUGUCUAUAUAUACUGAACACUUAAAGGAUCAAAGUGUAAGCGAAGAGGAGUGUUCAUAACUGGACAAGACACUUGCUAGUUUAGCAUAUAUCCUAGGCAGAAAUAAUGCAAAACAUUUUUUUAAAAAAAAUGAGAUUUACUGCAACAACAAUGCAAUUUUCCUUGCAACAACAAUGCAAAACUCUUAGUAGAAACUAUGCAACAUUGAACUAAGCCUCACCAAUGCAAAACAUGAGUGAAUUAAUGGUAGUUUAGAAAAUACUUUAGUUUAACUAGUGACAGAGGGUACAAGAAUAGGAUAUUCAAAUGAAACCAAGUUAUAUCAAUGAUAUGCAUAGUCUGUACCUUAGAGCAGCUUUACAGAUAUAAUGGAUCAUGGUUCCUUCCUAGAUGGAAUGCUUAUAAUGGCUCUUAAAAUGUUUAGCUUCCAAAGCAGGGGUGGCUAACCUUUUUUUGUCCCCAAGGGCUGGAUUCACCCCAUAGGCACUUGUGCACGCACACAGGACUCCCCCCCCCUCAAAUUAUCAAUCUGAUGACUGCAUAAGCAGGUGAUUUACACCCUAACACUGUCUCUAUCUUUUUUCAAUAUUAUUGCUACUGCCAAAAUUGGCAGAAGAACUUGCUAGCACAGGGACCUCAUCGAACCCCCCUAUCAGCCACCCCUGUUGUAAAGUAAUCAAGAUACAUAUGUGAACACUUGGGAUACUAGCUCUUGAUCUGUUUUAUAUGAUGGAACUGUUGUAACUCAAAAAGCAUCUCUAUAAUAUAAAAAAGCUUUUGAGUAUAAAAGGAGAAAAUGAUCACUUGAGAAAUUAGUUUUAAAUUUUAUUUUUAUUUUCCAAAUCGAGCUGAAAGUGAAAACCAUACUUGAAAGCUUACAUAAUAUAAGGUGAUUAUUGGAAACUAUGUAUGCCACUAUUGCUUUACAUGUGUAGCUCCACAAGAUUCUCAGGACUUCUUGGCAUCUUAAAGGUGGUGGUGGUGGUGAGAUGCCUACUUUUUCUCAGUUAUGUAAUUUCUUCCCUUUAGAAUAAAACCAUAUCAAAGACAAACAA